UGUCGUUUUGAAUCGGGGGGAAGUUUCCAGUCGCGCUCGAGGACUUGGGGAGAGUUGAGUCCUGCGCACGCUCCGUGCGUCACAGCCUCAUCCACAGCUCCGAAGGCGCGCGCGCUUUGGAGCGGCUCCUGCGUGCGCACGGUGACCGCGCCGCACUCCUCCGCUCUCGGCUCUGUCUCCGCGGCCCCUCCGCCUCGUCAUGGAUGUCAUCCCCAUGUGCAGCAUCUUCCAGGAGCUGCAGAUCGUGCUCGACACCGGCUGCUUCUCCGCGCUCCCGUCCCUGGAGGAGAACUGGCAGCAGACGUGUUUGGAGCUGGAGCGGUACCUGCAGAGCGAGCCGUACGUCUGCCCCUCCGAGCUCCACUGUGACGCCCAGGACCAGCUCUGGACCAAGCUCAUGUUGGCCUGCGGAGACCCGAGCCCCGACGACCCCCCCGACGACCCCCCCGAGGACCCGCCCAGGCUGGACCCGGCUCUGGACCCGGCUCUGGACCACGCCGGGUUCCACUCCGACGCCAGCAGCGAGAUCUCGGACACUUCGGAGGAGCUGUCCCCGGCGCUGCUGGACUUCCGCGUCGCCGGCUUCUCGGAGCUGAUCGGGGGAGAGGACUUGGCGGCAGGAGCGGCGAUGGCCACGCCCCCGUCGUCCCCGGAGACGCCCGGAGAGAAAGCGGGCGCGGGGGCGGGGGCGGGGCGGCUGUGGGGGGAGGGGCCGGGCGCGCUCAGGGGCAGGGGCGGGGACGGCUCGCCCGACGGGAGACGCAGGGUCCACCGCUGCCAGUUCAACGGGUGCAGGAAAGUCUACACCAAGAGCUCGCACCUGAAGGCCCACCAGAGGACGCACACAGGAGAAAAGCCUUACAGGUGUUCGUGGGAGGGCUGUGAGUGGCGUUUCGCUCGGAGCGACGAACUGACGCGACACUUCAGGAAACACACAGGAGCCAAACCGUUCAAAUGUGCACACUGUGACAGAUGUUUCUCGCGCUCGGACCACUUGGCUCUGCACAUGAAGCGUCACGUGUAAAACAUCCGGACUUUACGCUUCCCGGUUUUGUUUCGUCCCGGAUUUUAAACGUCUUUCGCCGGGACACGCCCCCUUCUCCUCCCCGCGGCGAUGCUUCCUGUUUGAGGGGGAGGAUCCGAGGAGACGGCGACGGCGGCUUCUGCACACCCACACCAGUGCCUCCUUCUGGCCUCGCUGUGGAUCUUUUUUCCAAAGCUCCGACGGGAAAGAGCGGCGGACUUUUCGUGGGUCUGGGUGGACGAGCGCGGCGGGAAUCUGGAAUUUAAGGACCGAGGGUGAAUUUUUAGAAACUGAAACUUUGUUCCGAAAAGGGACCGGAGACGCGUCGGACGGACUCCGGGGGCCGAGGGUUUGGGAACGUCGGGAGGUUUUUCCUUGGAGUGGUUUGGAACGGAGCAGGUUUGAACGGCGCUCGGAGGAGUUUUUUAAAUGUACGCAAAAAAAAAACAAAAAACAAAUCCGGUUCAUUCGCCAAACACGGAAAGAUCUUGAUAAAGUCGAACCCUGACCCUGACCUUCCCAGUUUUACAAACAUUUUUCUUUGGAUUAGAAACGCGCUGAUUAAACUUUAUACCUUAGUUUUGAAUCCGUGUGUCGUUCGUUUUUCAAAAUAAAACAAUAUUUUCUUCAUUAUUUGUCUCCAAAACCAAAAUAAAAAAACAGAUAAUGA